AUGAGAACACGGUUCCUCACGCUGAGGACAGGGUUCCUCACGCGGAGGACAAGGUUCCUCAAGCUGAGGACAAGAUUUUAUCACCCUGAGGAUAAGGUUCCUUACGCUGAGGACAAGGUUCCUGACGGUGAGAACAAGGUUCCUCACGUUAAAGACAAGGUUCCUCACGCUGGGAACAAGGUUACUCACGCUGAGGACAAGGUUCCUCACGUUGAGGACAAGGUUCCUCACGCUGACGACAAUGUUCCUCACGCUGAGGAAAAGGUUCCUCACGCUGAGGACAAGGUUCCUCACGAUGAGGACAAGGUUCCUCACGGUAAGGACAAGGUUGCUCACGCUUAAGACAAGGUUCCUCACGCUGAAGACACGGAUCCUCACGCUGAGGACAAGGUUCAUCACGCUGAGGACAAGGUUCCUCCCGCUGAGGACAAGGUUCCCACGCUGAGCACAAGGUUCCUCACGCUAAGGACAAGGUUCCUCACGCUGAGGACAAGGUUCCUCACGCUGUAG